AGCUCUGGCUCAAACCGAACCGGGAAGAUUUGAGAAGUGUUUAUGGGUCAUGGCCGUGGCUGGGGCCCCUCGGCUCCUGGCCUCUGGCCUUUUGGCUGUUCUGCCUCUCUGGGCGUGUGACGUUGGUGACACUAGUGAACCUGGUCUGCAACAUCUGGAACUGCUCCAGCAACAGCUGAGACUUCUCGCUGGCGCUCGGCACCCGGAGGCCUUGCCCUUGACAUGGGUCCACUUUCCGAAGGCUGGGAGCAGCUUCCUCAACGUCUUGGUCCACACACCAGGCUUUUGCCCAGGAGUUCCUCUUACUGUAUCUAUUGACGAGGACAGUUUUGGUUGCCGUUUCGCCACCAAUUUCUUUAACGCCUGCCCGGACCUCUGUGACCCUGCAAGCGUGCGCUGCCAGGCCAGUCCACAUGAGUGCAUUGGCAGCAGGUACCCAGAGCUUGAAGGUCACAUGGUGGGCUUGUUUCGCCAGCCCGAGCAGCGAAUCCUCUCUGCGUAUCAUGACGAAGCACGCACAUGGAUGGUUCUGGGCACCGAUUGCACGCACCAGAACAGCACGAAGCCGCCUGCGCCGAUCUUUGCCCGCUACUUCGCGGGGACCGUGGCGUACCAGCUGGUGGGAGAGGGGCUCCUGAACUAUGGAGGUGGCCAUCACUGGCUCCCCGGCCUAUUGGACAUCCCGGAGCGAACGGUGGAGAUGGCUGAGGAGGCUGUGCGGAGGCUUCAAGGCUUCGCGUUUGUCGGGAUCACGGAGGAGUGGGAUUUGUCCAUCUGCCUCUUCCGCAAGAUCUUUGGCGGCCCCUGCCACGCUUUGGAUUUCAGCAACACCCGGAGCUCCUUUCCCGGAAAACAAGCGGAGGACUUCUACGACACUGCUCCCUUGGAGGGCUUCCAAGAUGAAAUCGACCGCAUCGUUUACCAGGAAGCCCUAAGGAUCUUCAGACAAGACUUGCUCCAACACAAUGUCUCCAUGGACUCCUGUCACGACUGCUUCGCGCAAGCUGGGCGCCAUUGAACGCCCAAUGAACGAUGAUUGCCUCAGUGGGCGCCUUGUCCUCGCUCAUUCUGGACAUCUGCAGAGAUUUGUAGAGAUGUGCAGCAAAGAGGCAAGCCAUCGGCUUUGCGGGCCUCGGUCGCUCCUUCUGGAGAAUGUUAAACUGCAUGAGAUUGACGCUUCAACUUCUGUUGUUGAACUCUUGAGAACUCUUAAGGGCUCGGAGCCUCCCGGCACCCUGCCUCCUCAGUGGAGCGCACUGGAACAUGGUGGAACCAUGUAACCUGAUGUGCGGAAGUUGGAGUCUGCAGAUUAUAAC